GCGAGGCUUUUCACAAUACGUUGAGCCAUCUAACGUUGACUUAGUUCUUGUGCAGUUUUCUUCCUGUAAAAGUAUUGGCAUUGUUUUGGUUUCAAUGUUCAAUAAUUUAUACUUUAACACUUAACACUUUAACAUGAUAAAUGAACUCAUAGCAAAUACAAAUUGUCGCGCAUGCGGGUUGGCAAUAGUGAUCGCUGUAUCUACAUUUGUGUCUGUUUAUCUUCUCACCAACCAGUUAUUCGACAAUAGUGACUCGCACAUAUCAACAGAUUUAUUCGCUGGUGCUAACGUGAUAGGUUCUAGAGCCUCAAAUUCACUGCAGUUCGUUACAAUCUUUACGCAGCAUGGAAACAGUGCACCUUACGUUACUUACGAUAAUUAUCUCUAUAAUGUCAACGAUACUCGAGUGUGGCCUAAUGGACCCAAUCAGCUUACUCAAAUUGGGAAAGUUCAAAUGUACGAUUUGGGAGUGAAAGUUCGCUUUUUGUACAACGGGUUUCUGAGCCAGAACUUCAAGAAAGAGCUAAAGGCUACAAGCACAACUACAGACCGGACACUGAUGAGCGCUGCAUUGUUCCUGGCAGGACUGUAUCCACCCCAGGGCUACGACCUGUGGGACAGAAAGGUGCUUUGGCAACCAAUUCCAGUUUUCCCGAACGACAAGGAUCACUCUAAUAGUGUGUUCCCUGCACAAUCUCAGGCCUGCCCGCGGUUCCACAAAGCUCAGAAGGAGAGUCUGGAGAAUUUCCAGGAACAGUACGGCUCCAAGACGAGGGCAGUAUUGCGAUUGGCUCAGAAUCUAUCUGGGAUUGAUGUAUUUAACCAUCAGCUCGCAUCUGGGUCACCCCCACUUCUGGACUCCAUGUGGAUGCUGUGGGAGAGCAUUAAACACGCGGACAAUGAGGGGCUGGUUCUGCCCGAGUGGACGAAACCCUUGUAUCCAGAACCCACAAGGAAUCUUGUUGCCAAGAUGACCAGGGCUUAUUCUGGAGAGUCAGUCACGGCAAUCAGACUUUUUCAAGGACUUCUGUUUCAAGAUAUGGUGCGUCAGAUGUUGAUCAGGAGGAAAGGUUCUGUCUCAGAGAAGCGACUCUUUUACCACUCUGGACACGAUAGCACACUCUACGGCCUCUUUCGUAUCCUGGAUUUGGAUAAAGAGGACUUCAUGUUGCCGAACGCAGGGUCGGCAUUGAUAUAUGAGCUGCACCUUGAUGCGGAGACCGGACAGUAUUAUGUCCAAGUGCUGUAUAUAGACAGAACCUCGACCGAUUUGGAGCCUCUGGACAUCAACAUCCCGGGCUGUGACCCUCCAUGUGAGUUUCAUGUGUUCUUGGACAUCACUGAGAAGUACUACAACAUCACAGAUUAUAACAGUGAAUGCGAGAUUGACUAACUGAAUGUUUUGUAGCAAUAAAUAACUUUUCAUACAAACUAUGUCUUAAUUAAAGGAAUGCUUGUCUUGUCUGUGAAGUUAGCAUUGCCACUACACAUUUUUGAUAAAUCUACACAAAU